AAUUCUUUCACCUCUCCUUCGUCACCAUGUCUUACCGUCUGGGUUCCACCAAGGACUUUUCCUCCUCCCGCAGUGGAGGAGGAGGAAGAUCUUCCGUCAAAGUCUCCAGCAGCAGAGGGUCUAGCUCCGUCGGAGGAGGAUUUAGCUUAGGCGGAGGGUCCGCGGGUGGAUCGUACUGCUACGGCGGAAGUUCCGGGGGUGGCUUCUGUAGCGGGGGCUUUGGAGGGGGAUCCGGCGGGGGCUUCGGAGGGGGAAUGUUAGGAGGAGGCGGCUACGGCGGCGGGCUCUGCGGGGGCUUCGGCGGGGGCAGCUACGGAGGAGGCGGCUUCGGCGGCGGCGGCUACGGAGGGAGCUUCGGCGGUGGAAGUUGCGGUGGGGGCGGCUUCGGUGGCGGAUUCGGCGGGGGCGACGGUGGCCUUCUCUCCGGCAACGAGAAGGUGACCAUGCAGAACCUAAACGACCGCCUGGCCUCCUACCUGGGAAAGGUCCGGGAGCUGGAGGAGUCCAAUUUUGAGCUGGAGCGGAAAAUUAAGGAAUGGUAUGAGAAAUACGGUUCUUCUACUCAGAGAGAACCCCGUGACUACAGUAGAUAUUACCAAGUCAUUGAAGAUCUUAAAAACCAGAUCAUUACUCUAACUACCGACAAUGCCAGCGUCCUGCUCCAGAAUGACAAUGCCAGGCUGGCCGCCGAUGACUUCCGACUGAAGUAUGAAAAUGAAGUGGCCCUGCGCCAGAGCGUGGAGGCCGACAUCAACGGACUGCGUCGGGUGCUGGACGAGCUGACCCUGACCAAGGCUGACCUGGAGAUGCAGCUCGAGAGCCUGAGUGAGGAACUGGCCUACCUCAAGAAGAACCACGAGGAGGAAAUGAGGGACUUGCAGAACGUAACCACAGGCGACGUGAACGUGGAGAUGAACGCCGCCCCGGGGGUCGACCUGACCGAGCUGCUGAACGGCAUGAGAGCCCAGUACGAGCAACUGGCCGAGCAGAACCGCAGAGACGCCGAAGCCUGGUUCAACGAGAAGAGCAAGGAGCUGACCACCGAGAUCAAUGCUAGCGUGGAGCAGAUGUCUGGCCACAAGUCGGAGAUCACUGAAUUGAGACGCACCCUUCAGGCCCUGGAGAUCGAACUACAGUCCCAGCUGGCCCUGAAACAAUCCCUGGAAGCCUCCCUGGCAGAGACGGAAGGUCGCUACUGUGUGCAGCUGUCCCAGAUUCAGGUCCAGAUCACCUCUCUGGAGGAACAAUUACAGCAGAUCCGAGCCGAAACCGAAUGCCAGAACGCAGAAUACCAACAACUCCUGGAUAUCAAGACCCGGCUGGAGAAUGAAAUUCAGACCUACCGUAGCCUGCUAGAAGGAGAAGGAGGCUCUAGCGGAGGUGGAUACGGUGGGCGAGGCGGGGGCUCGGGCGGAAACUACGGAGGCAGCUCUGGAGGAGGAAGCAGUCCCGGCGGAGGAUACUCGGGCGGCUCUGGAGGCGGCCAACAGGGCAACUCAGGAUUCAAAGUUUCUAGCUCAGGAUCCCGAAGCUCUGGAGGUGGGAGCACCGGAGAAUCAACAACCAAGGGCCCUGGAACAAGGUUCUAACCGAACUCCAGUCAUCAAAACGAUCGUUGAAGAGGUGGGACCCGAUGGAAGAGUGCUCUCAUCUAAGGUUGAAUCUGAAACCAAGAAACACUUCUAUUAAUGUCACAGUGAAAGAGUCGCUUUUCAUUAUUGCCAUUCUUCAGGUUCAAGGCAAACAACAAUUGACCUCCCCACUCUUAAUGGCCCUGAAAAUGGACUCUCUCCGCGAAUAUAAGGUGUCCAAAGGUGUCUCUCGGUUUCUGUGCUAUUUUUUCUCACUUUACCAAAAAGUAUUCCCUUGUGGAACCAAAAAAGCGCUUUCUUUUCUGUUUACUUAUUUCAAUAAACUUCCUCACUGCUGCAAAACGA